UAAUGUUACAUGUCAUUGCGCAUUUUCGGAAAAUAAAGCUCGGAACGAUUACUCAUCUACGACAUAGCUAAAGUCACUUAGCAAAAAGGAAUCGGAAUAAAUUCGUUUAAAGCCUGGAAUUUGAAGAAAAGCAGCAUGCUUUUGUCGAUUAAAGCGCUUUUAUCUUUACUGGUUAUCUUUCGUUCUAUAUUAUGUGACAUGAAAUGCGAUGACGUAGACAUUUGUCCGAAAUACAAGCCAUAUUGUUCAAAGGUUGGUUGUGUGUUUGAAUGCCCAGGGCAAUUUUAUAUAAACGGUACAAAUUGUGUGUUAUCUUGUGGAGACUGGUAUAUACACGAUCAAAAAUGUGUUCAACAGUGCCCAGAAACAUGGCUCGUUAAGGAAUUACUCACAUUGCAUAAUGGUCAGGAGUACAUGGAGAAGAAAUGCGUGGAGAACUGUAGUACAUUUGAAUAUGUAUUUAACAAUACUUGUGUUGAGGCAUGUCCUUUAGAAUUCCCAUACGUAAAUAACCGUAACUGUAGCGCUCAUUGUUCAGAUGAAAAACAUUUACUACAGAAUUUUUCAAUUAAUUCAUUGACAUAUUUUAAAUGCGUUAGUGUAUGUCCUAGACUUGUUAAUGAUAUUUAUUGCACAGACAAAUGCGUUGAAAAGCUUGUGCUUAAUUCGACGUGUGUAGAGAAGUGUCCGGAAGCAUUUCCGUUUAUAUCAGAAAGGAAAUGUGUUGAGACUUGUCCAGACACAACAGUAUAUAUUGACAAAGACGUAUGCCUACAAAACUGCAGUAAAGAAACACCUUUCUUUAACAAUCAAACCUGUUUAAAGACGUGUCCGGAAAGCUUUUACACCACAAACCGAAAUGGAAUUAUUUUCUGUGAAGACAAGUGUCGUAACGGAGAGUACACAUAUAAAAACACCUGCCUUAAUUCAUGUGCCGAUGACGGUAAAAGAAAUUACUAUUUAUUUUACUUGAAUAAAACAUGCCAAGAGAAAUGUCCGUCAGACUAUCUUGAACAAAAAGAGGACUAUAACUAUAUUGGGAACUGUUGUCCGAAAGGAAAUGCAGCUUUAAAAGUUAAUGAAGGCAUUAAAUGCGUUGAUAAAUGUCCACCUAAGUAUGUUCGUUUCAAUGAUACAUGUCUGUCGAUAUGUCCGAAAUAUACUUACAAUUACAACGACUCCAGGUGCGUUUGUGAAUGCCCAAAGUCGGCUCCAUUAGGAUUAAGAGACGAAAAAUGGCGUUGCAUUAAAAGUUGUAGUGAAAGCUACAAAACAUUUAAAAACGGAAGUUGUAUAUAUGAAUCAGAUUGUGAUGAACCAUACUUUAUCUUUGGGACAAGCUGCAUCCUUUCUUGUCCUGAUGGUUAUUUCUGGUUACAAACAUGUAUAAAAAGAUGGGAUACGCCUGACACAACAAUUAUUGCUACUCUUCUUGGAGUGUGGGUUGUACUGUUAAUGUGGUCUAGAACUGCGCUUAAAGAAUACUUCAUUGUUUUAUCGAUGAUUCUGUUUAAGACAGACGAGAGUUACAAGAAACACAUGGACGAGAGUAUUGAUGAUGAAAAUGCAGAGACUACAGUCGACGAUAGACAACCUUUAGUCACGCAAGAUAAUGAAACUGAAGAGGUAUAGUCCUUUAAACAAAGACUAUAAAUAAACAGAAAACAGUUAGAAAUGUUAGCUAGAAGUUUGUAGUAACUAGUAACAUUGAAGAUUUUUUUCUUUUCUUUUUAAACUUGAUCAUUAAUCUAAAAGAUAUCUUAAAUGAAUAUGCGAUCAGUUUCACCACAAUGUGUACAGAUUGGCUGGAAAAAGCCUAUCAAACUUAUUAUAAAGGUUUGAAUUAAUUUUUCUUAACCUUUACUGGUUAAGAAAACAUUACAGGAGAAUAACUUUACUUAGGAAGUUUUGGGAAAUAUAUACAAAAUUCUGAAGGCUAGAAUAGACAAGUGAGUUGAAAUGAUAUAAUGAAUUUAUGACAAUAAGCCCUUAGAGGUUUUAAAUAAUUUUAACUAUUUAGGAGUUGUCUUUAACUAUACAGAUUCAUUUGCUUUGAAUUAUCAAAGUAUUGGUUUAAUCAAAUGUAAACAGAUGAUAUUAUUUAAAUAGGUAUUUAUCAAUGGAUAUG